AUGGAGAAGACGGCAAAGAAGGCACAGGCAGAAGGCAGCGAAGAUGAUGGCAUAUCAAAAUUACCAGAAGAUAUUAUGCAAUACAUACUUUCAAAUUUCCUAACACCAAAAGAAGCAGCCCAAACAAGGCUAUUGUCCAAGGCAUGGCGGAGUGCGUGGCAUACAUCCCCAGUUGUGUGUUUUUGCGAACCAAACUUCGGUAAGAGCUCCAAUCCUGAAUUUUGCAGAGCCAUGUUCUUGAAUUUUGUGAAUAAGGUCUUGCUGAAUUAUCGUGAGCAUAACCAUAGGAUACAAACUUUCAAGCUUCAGAUGAUAUUUAACACUGAGUCCGCUCAACUUGUUGAUGAAUGGAUGAAGAUUGCUCUAGAGAAAGGAUUGAGAAAACUUGAGCUCAGAACUUAUGAGAAGUCAUAUAUUUUACCUAGUAUAACCCUUGAAUCUAGAUCCCUUGAAGAAUUGGUUCUAUACAACUGCAAGUUUGAGCAGAAGCAAGUAAUAAAACAUAUAAUGUGUCAAAGUCUUAGAAGACUAGAUCUUGAAAAUGUGUUUUUAGUUGAUGAAGUAUUGGAGAAUAUCAUCUUAAACUGUAGGUUGAUUGAAAAUUUGAAAAUUCAUCACUGUGACGGCUUGAGAAACAUUACAGUAAAAGACCUCAAAAAACUCAAAGAAUUUUCUGUUAUCUAUGAUGGGGAACAGAAUGUUCAAGUUUAUUCACCAAAUUUAGAAUCCUUUACUUGUCAGAGAGGUUCAUGGUAUUGUCAGUCAAUCCGAGGGAGGCUUAGGUUGUUCGCAGCUCAAAAUUUGAAACUCCUAGUAUUAAAUGGUAUUUGCAUCACUGACGAGUUUUUCUUGGGCCUUGGAAACGUGUUUCCGCACAUUGAAGAAUUGAAAGUCAGCAAUUCUGAUGAUACACAUAGGAUCAAGAUAUCUAGUCAGUCCCUCAGGAAGUUGGAGUUGAUUCGUAACGAGAAAUUAGAGGAGGUGCAAGUUGAUGCUCCAAAGAUUGUUCAGUUUGUAUACAUGGGCAGCAGCAUUCCCCGUGUAUCUAUCACCAGUGCUCCCUUAAGUCAUUUGGAAUCAAGAAUUGGAGUAAAUUGCAACAACAACGUGAACAAUUCCUGGUUCUUUAAACUAAAGGAGAUGUUAACCAACUUGGGACAAUCAAAAGUUUUUCUGGGGAUAUCUGUUCGUGCAGAUGUAACAGUUAAUCUUAAUGAGAUUAGAGAUGGUCCAACCAAUCCUACACCUGAAAUUGAAGAAUUAUCUGUAGAAGUUGUUUCGUAUUGUGCAUCUAAACAGACUACUGCUGCAGCACUGCUAGAUGCAUGUUUUUGGAGCUUUCGUCCUAAAAUCAUACUCCAGGAGUGGUGUUUUCGUGGAACAAUUUACUUCACACAGUUCCUCCUCGAGCUGUUGAUGAUUAGCAGAAAUCAAGACCAUCUGAAUUUGUUGGAAACCACGUUUUGGCUGAAAAAUCUAAAAGAUGUCAAAGUUGUUGUGAUGAAGAGGUCUGGGCUAAACGAUGAGUGGCAGCCUGAGCUUUCAGACUGGAAGCCCCUACUUUAUUCAUGUGACGAUGUUGAUCUCGAUGAGAUUAAAGAUGGUCCAAUGGAUCCUAGACUUGAAAUUGAAGAGUUAUCUAUAAAAUUUUCUCAACGGCAAGGACGGAAGGUUUCUGCAGCUUUUCUAGAUGGAUGGAUGCGGUGCUUUUGUCCUCAAAUCAUACAACAGGAGUGGUGUUUUCUUGGAACUAUUCACUUCACACAGUUCCUCCUCGAGUUUCUGAUGAUCAGAAGAAAUCAAGACCAUCUGAAUUUGCAGGAAACUAAAAAGCUUUGGCUGGAAGAUGUCAAAGUUGCAAUCUUGAAGAAGAGUAUAUUAGAUGAUGAGUGGCAGCCUGAACUUUUGGACUGGAAGACUUUGCUGCAUUCCCACGACUCUGGUGAUUUCCACACAGCAAUUCGCUUUGAUUUAGAAUGGCGGUGA